AUGGCUGCGCGUGCAUGUCCACGCGCCGAUGCAUCAUUCUCGCAGUCCAAAGACUUCCACUUUGCGCUCAAUCAGGGCUCGAUACUGACUGAGCCUUGGACAGCCGUACUCAUUCGCCUGUUCGCUAAGGCUGGCGUCAUUCUGUUAGAGGCGGACACCAUGUUGCCAGCAGAGAUCAGAAUCGAUGAUGAAGACGUACUCUUCCAAAAAGCAGAUCAAUGUGUCCGUGCCUUGUGGUAUCUUGGCCGAAAGUCGGACAUGGCACUUGCGGCAGCAAACAUCCUUGGAAAUGCUCUGAAGGACAAGCGCAAGGGUGUUGAGGAGAAAAUGAGCGACAUGAGUACCUUUCUGGAAACUGAGCUCUGGCAUGAUCUUGAUGACCUAGACGAGGCAUUCGACGUGGACUGUAAUCCUUAG